UAAGGAUAUAUAUGUAUAUGUACAAAGGGCUUCACGAAUCGAAAUGUACAUUUAUAAUCUUCAGAAGGUAUCGAUGAAAAUCUCACAUAUGGGUUGCAUGGAGCAGUUAUUUCCGUGAACCGUGGGCGUCUGAAGAAUUUUUCCCUGUCCAGUCUUCUGAAUAAGGGUAUUGUACAAGUAAAAUUGAAUAAAGAUUUUAGAUCUGCACGAUUUGAAUUCGUAGACAUAAAUGGUUGCAUAGGAUACCAGGUCUUCAGAUGUCCACACGGGGAGAAAAAGGACUGUUGACCAAUCAGGCUUAGAUUCAAAGGUUUGGGUGGAUCUGUUUUGGAUCUGUAAUUGACCAAAGGAAUAAAUUCAUUGCAGAUCCUUCAGUUUGGGGUUUGGGAGACAUGGGUACUGGUGGAAUUGUGCUGUGGCCAAGAAUUGGAGUGUGGGUUUUGAUUUUGCUGGGCAUAUUGGGAACCUUAGAAAAUGCAGAUGCAUUCUAUCUCCCUGGCAGUUACCCUCAUACAUAUCCUGCAGGUUCAGAUCUAUGGGUGAAGGUCAAUUCCCUGACCUCCGUUGAGACUGAGCUCCCUUACGGCUAUUACACCCUGCCCUUCUGUAAACCCCAAGAUGGGGUCAAGGACAUGGCGGAGAAUCUUGGUGAGCUUCUCAUGGGAGACAGGAUCGAGAGCUCUCCUUAUAAAUUUAAGAUGAAUGUCAACGAAUCUGAGAUAUUCAUGUGCAAUACCGAUGGUCUUGGAGUUGAACAGAUGAAAGUUUUAAAGCAGAGGAUUGAUGCCCUGUAUCAGGUCAACCUGAUGCUGGACAAUCUUCCUGCUAUUCGGUACACCAAGCAGGACAACUUCAGCCUUCGUUGGACUGGGUAUCCUGUGGGGUUCCGUGUGGAUAAGACACAUUACAUAUUCAAUCACCUGAAAUUCACAGUUCUAGUUCACAAGGAUGAAGGUAAUAGUGUUUCUAAGGUUAUGGGAACUGGUGAUGGGCUUGAUACCUUGCCGUCUGUUGGGGGAAGUGGUGGAGACAUUGCACCCGGCUAUAUGGUUGUGGGUUUUGAGGUUGUUCCCUGCAGUUAUCAGCAUGAUAUGGCUGCUUCUGGAAAGCUUAAGAUGUAUGCGAAGUAUCCAUCAACAAUUGAUUGUAGCCCAUCAGGCCGGGGACCUUAUCAAGCAAUUAAGGAAGGGCACCCAGUUGCUUUCUCGUAUGAAGUCGCAUUUGUUGAGAGUGACAUUAGAUGGCCAUCAAGAUGGGAUGCUUAUUUGAAGAUGGAGGGAUCUAGGGUGCAUUGGUUUUCAAUUCUUAACUCACUCAUGGUCAUUGCUUUCCUUGCUGGAAUAGUUCUUGUGAUUCUCCUCCGUACCGUCAGGCGGGAUCUGACCCGAUAUGAAGAGCUGGAUAAGGAAGCUCAAGCCCAAAUGAAAGAAGAACUUUCUGGAUGGAAGCUUGUUGUGGGUGAUGUUUUCAGAGCUCCUGCUCAUUCACAGCUUCUCUGUAUUAUGGUGGGGGAUGGAGUGCAGAUAUUGGGUAUGGCUGUAGUGACUAUCUUAUUUGCUGCCUUUGGUUUUAUGUCUCCAGCAUCUCGAGGAGCUCUCAUUACUGGCAUGCUAUUUUUUUACCUUGUGCUUGGAAUUGCUGCGGGAUAUGUGGCUGUGAGGAUGUGGAGAACCUUGAAAGGAGGAGAUCACAGGGGCUGGAAAUCAAUUUCUUGGCGUGUUGCAUGCUUCUUUCCUGGGAUUGUUUUUCUAAUUCUUACAGUGCUCAAUUUUCUUCUUUGGGGAAGUCAAAGCACGGGAGCUAUACCAAUCUCUUUAUUUGUCAUUCUUCUGGCCCUUUGGUUUUGCAUAUCAGUUCCUUUGACUCUGCUGGGUGGGUACUUCGGGGCCAAGGCAUCUCAUAUUGAAUACCCUGUCCGCACCAAUCAAAUUCCUAGAGAGAUUCCAGUACAGAAAUACCCUUCCUGGUUGCUCGUUCUUGGUGCAGGAACACUUCCCUUUGGCACCCUUUUCAUUGAGCUAUUCUUCAUCAUGUCAAGCAUCUGGCUGGGCCGAGUUUACUAUGUGUUUGGAUUUCUCUUUAUUGUGUUGAUUCUUCUUGUUGUGGUCUGCGCUGAGGUUUCUCUAGUUCUCACGUAUAUGCAUUUGUGUGUUGAGGAUUGGAAAUGGUGGUGGAAAUCAUUCUUUGCAUCAGGCUCUGUGGCUAUUUACAUUUUUCUCUAUUCGGUUAACUAUCUGGUGUUUGAUCUCCGAAGCCUUAGUGGGCCCGUGUCAGCUGCUUUAUACAUUGGUUACUCAUUGCUUAUGGUCUUUGCUGUCAUGCUCGCUACAGGAACUAUUGGAUUUCUGGCAUCAUUCUGGUUUGUGCACUACCUGUUUUCUUCAGUUAAAUUAGAUUGAUAUCUGAAAUGCAUACAUGGAACCAGCAGAUCGACUUAAGACCUCUUGCAUACAAAGUGAUCAAAAGGCGUCUGACAUGACUAUAAUGGGCAUAUCUGAUUUAUUAAGGCCUUGAAUCACAGGUUUUAUGUUCUUUAAAAAAGUUAGGAAUAUGAAUAACUUGAUAGCAAUUUUGUUAGACUUGAUGAGCUGGUCAUUUACAGCAAUUCCUAAUGUUGUUACUAUUUAUCUGGUGUAAGACCAACCAGAAGAUCGCUUACCAAGUGCUUUGUGUAUUAGGAUUUUGAAUUUAGUCUUUACUGCAAUUAAUUUUUAAUUCUCAAAUUCUUUA